GCGUUAGUCUUUUGAGCGCUCUUGUGCGCCAUUUUUAGCCGUGAGCUCCUCUUUUAUUUUAUUUCAUUGCAUUUCAUUUCAUUUGGCUUUUCGUUGUCCCUACAUCGAGCACUGUCCUGCUGCUACUGAUCGGGGCCCGAAACGUAAUAUGGCUCUUGUGUCAGCUGAUUCCCGUAUUGCUGAACUGCUGGGGGAGCUGCAUCAGCUUAUCAAACAGACACAGGAAGAGCGAUCAAGGAGUGAACACAACCUGGUGAACAUCCAGAAAACGCAUGAGAGGAUGCAGACAGAAAAUAAGAUCUCUCCAUAUUACCGGACCAAAUUACGUGGCCUCUACACCACAGCCAAGGCUGAUGCGGAAGCUGAAUGCAACAUCCUGCGCAAGGAUUUGGAUAAGAUUGCUGAGAUUAAGUCUCUUCUUGAAGAACGGCGGAUUGCUGCCAAGAUUGCUGGCCUCUACAAUGAUUCAGAGCCACCACGUAAAACCAUGCGCCGGGGUGUGUUGAUGACGCUCCUCCAGCAGUCUGCCAUGACCCUUCCCUUGUGGAUUGGAAAACCUGGAGAGAAGCCUCCUCCACUGUGUGGGGCCAUCCCUGCCUCUAGCGAUUACGUUGCCAAACCAGGAGACAAAGUAGCAGCUCGAGUCAAGGCAGUUGAUGGUGAUGAACAGUGGAUCUUGGCUGAGGCUGUGAGCUACAGCCAUGCAACUAACAAGUAUGAGGUGGACGACAUUGAUGAAGAAGGGAAAGAGCGCCACACCCUGAGCCGACGUCGCAUCAUCCCCCUGCCCCAGUGGAAGGCCAACCCUGAAACAGACCCUGAGGCCUUGUUCCAGAAAGAUCAGCUGGUCCUGGCCUUAUACCCACAGACAACCUGUUUCUACAGAGCACUUAUCCACACUCCACCACAGCGGCCUCAGGAUGAUUACUCAGUGCUGUUUGAGGACACCAGCUAUGCAGAUGGGUACUCUCCACCUCUCAAUGUGGCUCAGCGCUAUGUGGUGGCUUGCAAAGAAACCAAGAAGAAGUGACAAUGUGACGAUAUUGCACAGCAGGACAUUUGAACUGUGAAAUGGACUUCUGGAACUGAAGAGUUAAAAAAAAAGUUACUCUUUUGGACUACAGCUCAUAUGGCCACUGACCAUAGUGAUUGGAAUAUUCUGGCAGUUCUAGCUCCCACCAAAACCAUAUUUUCUCAUCUCGGAAAUAAAACUGUAGGAGCUAGAUUUAUGGAUUCAGGUAGUAUACAUCUCAAUAUGAUUAAAGCAAUCAUCUCCUCAUUAGGGAAGGCU